GCCACCAUCCAUCCGGCCGUUGUUGCGUACGUGAGGAUAUCGCUACAUGUCAUGGCUCUCGUCAUCGUCGCUCUGUUUCUACCGGUAACUCGAAAACAACAACUGGAAUAACAAGGAAUGUCGUCAGUACAAGUCUACAGCGACCUGCUGCCAGUUUUAAUCCAAUGCUUCGCCAUAAUACUCCUCGGGUAUCUCUCCGGCCGCCUCAAAUUUAUCGCAUCUACGGAAGCAAACGGUCUGAAAGUAUUCGUAACGUAUUUUGCCCUACCAGCAGUCGCCUUCAAGUCGUUAGCGACGUUAAAGCUCGGCGACGUUAACUGGAAAUUCCUGGCGUGCAUCAUCCUUGCAAAGACCGUUGUUUUUACGGCAGCUGUUAUCUUAACGCUACUGUUGUCUCGACGGUCUUACGCUAAUGCCGGAUUGUAUGCGAUAGCAUCAUCUCAAAGCAACGACUUCGCCCUUGGUUAUCCAAUCAUCUCUGACGUCUAUUCAAAAACUCAUCCCAGCUUCUCACACUACCUCUAUUUAGUGGCUCCUGUCCAACUAGUCCUCCUGAACCCCAUUGGGUUUGCUUUAAUAGAAUAUGGAACUAGAGGGAACACUUCACCUCCCCUAUUGCGCAAACUUAUUUCCAGUCUGGUUGCAAUCGUCAAAAACCCGGUAGUUUUUAUGCCAAUAAUAGCAAUUAUCUGGAAUGUAUCGACCAAUGGUGGCCCAAUACCCAGCAUUUGUCUCAAGGUGAUAGAUACGUUAAGUGAGGCAUUUUCAGCUUGUGCACUUUUCCUGCUUGGGCUCAAUAUGGUGGGACAGCUGGGAUCAAUGGAAAAAUAUGCUGCUCUCACGCCUGUCCUCAUCAUUUCAGCCAAGAUUCUCGCUUGUCCUCUCCUCCUGCGCCACUUUGUCCACGUUCUCAAUGUCGGAAGCACCCAAAAUGAGACGCAAGAUUUGGCCAGCUUGGGUUUUCUCUAUGGGAUGCUUCCAACUGCUCCCAGCGUUUUUAUCUUUGCAUCUCAGUAUGGCCUACCAACGGCUGCCGUGUCCACCAGCAUGGUGGCUGGAACUCUCUUAUCUGCGCCUUUUAUCUUCAUCUCCGCAACAGUGGCACAACUGUCGAAAUUGGAGGACUUAUCGUCCACGAUGCGGACAACUGUAGUCUACACUGGUGUCGUCAGCGCCGUUUGUAGCCUUUGGGUUCUCUUUGUACUGAGACGCAAGAUUUCCCGGGUCACCCACGGGACAACCUUUUGUCUCGUCUUGUCUCAGCUCAUUCUCGCAGUAGGUGGGAUACUCUGGAUGACUGUUCCUCAAGGAACAACCUCUGUCUUACAGUCUGUCGUGGCCCUGAGUGGAACGUUUGCGUCACGCAUCUGGACAGCUGUGCUGUCCAUCUUGUUGUCCAUCCUACACUGGCGAAGCCUCUGCUUUGUGCUACGCAUCCGUUGGCUCAUUAUUCUUGGGGGAUUCUUUCUAUCAGCCUCCAUCACGGCUGUUCUCACCCUCAGUGUGACACCAGCAGGCACGGUGGACCCAAACUUUCAUUACGGCGAUGUACAGGCCAAUGUUGCGGCUGCUGUGCUCGCUGUUGCCCUAGUCAUCACCGUCAUUGGAAUGAUCGUACAACGACGCUUCCAUAUACAGACGCACGGAUAUGUUCCACUGGCGAGCAGUGAUGAAUGCACUGGGAACUGCCAAACGUGCAACCACUCCUCCAGUGAUGAGCAACAGUGUGUUGUGCCUGACGUGGAGGACCUGCUAGCUUAUGAACAAUCAUCCGCAGUUCCAUCUACGUCGCAAGUCUGUGGACCUCAGUUUCAUUGCAGCAAAGACCAAACGUCAGAAUGCCUGACUGCAGUUGAAGACUAUAACCAUCAGCUAAACUCCCAGGGCAUAGACCAAGAAGAUCCACACCAAAUAUUUCGUCAUCUUGUCUUGCUUAUUCUUUUGUGUGCAUCUAUGGUGGUUGGAUUGGCAGUGUCACUCUGGAGACCCCUGACAGAUGCUCCGACUGGAAUUUUAAUGGAGCUGGAAUUCAUGGACAUCCUGCUCAAUUACGGGCAGGGCAUUUUAGCCUUUAUGGUGUUUGGACUAGACACAAAGUACAUCUUGGGCCUCUUGAUUGCUGCGUUGAGAGCAAUCACCCGCAGGGACCCAACGCACUCUGCACUGACAAAGCAGACUUGCAACCAGUUCCUCCGUUACCACUACCGACAAUGUGUUGCAGAAAUUGCGUCACCGAGCACGGGAAUCAACGGCAUGUCAUUCCGUGGAUCGGAUCUUGUGGACUGGCUACUAAAUGUUGGACUGUGCCAGGACAGGAUACAGGGAGAACGUUACGGGGAACAGCUUCUAGAGGGCAAGGUUAUCAGGCACAUAGCGAGCAGACAACAUUUUGUUGAUGGCCGUUACAUUUAUAUCUUUCAAACGUGUUUGCUACGGGAAGCCUGAAACCGUACAUUGAUUGCUAAAAUCGAAUUAGUUGUGUUUGGGCAACCGCACUGUUCAACUGCUUGAUGAUCAAAGAAAUGGCUAGUCUUAAUAAAAACAAUUGUUUGACA